AUGACGCACGAGGAGGAACCAGCGAAGGAGGAAACGGCCCCGCCCGAGACGACCCCGAAGGCGAAGGGGAAGCCGGCUGCUGCCGACGAUGGGGGCAGUCCAUCCGAAGAGGCACCCGUCGUUAAGCGGCCGCGUGGAAGGCCUGCCAAGGAGCCGUCUAAACCAAGGACGGGGUCUCGGUCCGUGAAAUCGGCAACGGCGAAAGCCAUCGCGACCGCGGCUCCUGCCAAGGUGAGGAAGGCCUCCGAUGAAGCUGGACCCAACGCCGAUCUGGACGUGCCAUCCACCAGCAAUGGACCAUCGCAAAAGGCGCCGAGGAUGAGCCGUAAGACGCGAGCACGGAGCUUCUCGCCGAGUGAUGCCUCCUCGGUCGCUGCCAAGGGUACGAAGCGUCGCCACCGCUCGCAUAGUCACUCCUCCGGCAGCAGCAGCCACCACCACCACCAUGCCAGGAGGGGAAGGAGCCGUGGCCGAUCCCGACACUCGUCCCGCAGCGGCCGAGGUGGCCGCAAGCACAGAGGUAGUCGCCGAGGGACCUCAAGCACCGGCUCGGAGAGCACCCGGGGCAGAAAAAGGGGACGCCAGAGCCGACGCCACCGCUCGGUGAGCAGCUCCUCUGCAGCGAGCACGGCAACCAAGACUGGCGGGAAACGGCGCCGCCACGCCCGUAGCAGCCACUCCUCGUCGAGCCGUGGAGGUGGGCAUGCCAAGUACAAGAAGGCUGCGAGCAGAUCUUCGUCGAGAUCUCGACGGGCCAAGCGGGCGAGUGCUGCCAAGGCGGCGAAAAGCGGGAAGCGGAAGUGA